CCGUCCCUCCAAGAGUGGAAGAUGGCGGCGGCGGGGCCCGGCGGGCGAGCCGCGGUGCAGGGGCGGCGGCGGGGCCGGCCCGGGGCGGAGGAGGCGGAGUGCUCGGUGUGCCGGCAGGCGCUGGCGGAGGCGGUGACGCCGCCCUGCCGGCACUCGCUCUGCCUCGCUUGCUUCCAGCGCUGCCUGCAGGGCCCGGGCCUCUGCUGCCCGCUCUGCCGCACCCGCCUCUCCACCUGGGCCCGACGACACCGCGCCGAGCCCGCCGCCACCACGGCCGCCGGAGCAGGCGGAGAGCAGCGGCCGCCGGAACAAGACUUUAUAUUCAGAGCACCCAUUAAGUUAAGCAAACCAGGGGAACUCCGAGAAGAAUAUGAAAGCCAGCUAAGGAAGCUGAAAGAUGAAAAACUACAAGAAGAAAAAGCUUCUGAGGAUCUGAUUCACAAGUUCGUUCUAGAUGACAUGGAAGUGGGAAAAAGAAAAAUGGAAGAACAGCAGAAAAAAGAUGAAUCUUUAGUUCUUAAAGUGAACCAAGAUUGUUUUCCUGAACGUCUCUCGGAUUCAGAGAAUGAAGAACCAUUCCAGGGCAAGCCAACACAUCGGUCAGCUUUUGUUUCUAAGACCAGUGCCUACUCCUUUGCUUUCCUUUCAGGGAACCUAACCGCCAAGGUGGAAAGGAGUCGAAGCUGCAACGACACCAUUCAGGAGAGAUCAAAGAGCAGGCAGAGAUCAGCCCCAGCCAACAAAACAAAGGUACCACCUGUUACCAGCACAUCAGCGCCACUGGCUGGAGUUCUGUCAUGCACCCAAAACAACCGCUGCCUCUCUGCCCCAGACCUGACAGCAGAGAAACGCCUUGUUCUCAAUCCCGUUUCAUCCCUGUCGACCCUGCACAAGCCAGAGAGAUCUAUCAGUCCCGAGAGCAAUGACAGCAUCUCGGAAGAGCUCAACCAUUUCAAGCCUAUCGUCUGCUCCCCAUGUACUCCUCCAAAGAGGCUUCCUGAUGGCAGAGUGCUGAGCCCUCUCAUUAUAAAGUCCACCCCAAGAAACCUGAACCGGAGCCUGCAGAAGCCGACCACCUAUGAGGCCAGUCCUAGAAUACUGAAAAAAUGGGAGCAGAUAUUUCAGGAGCGCCAGAUCAAAAAGACUCUCUCUAAAGCGACCCUUACGUCCUUGGCUUUGGAGCCCGGAGAAGACAUCAUAGUUCCUGACAUCACCAACUCCAGCACUUACACGAAAGAGCAGCCGCAAAUGCAAGAUGAUCACCUUCCACCUGACACAACAGGAGACCCUCGCCCUGAACUGGAUUUCUUCCCUUCCAUCAGUGAAAUUAAGCUAGGGAAAGGGAGUGAGAGGAACAGAGAUUUGCAGGCCUUAACAGCAGAUGACAGUGCUGCUGAACCAGGUGCAAGAUCAAACGUCACCUCCCUAAACACACGAGUGUCCGAAGUCCCUGACCUAAAAGUGAACACGAUCAUGGACAAAUCCUGUUUUAGUCUUGGCCCGAAAAUGCUGAACAGAAGACUGAUGGGUGUUGGUGCAUCCCUGCCUGACAACAACACACUAGGAGUCCCCAUCAAGACAUCAGGAAAAAAGCAGUUGAAAUACCUGAACAACAGCGAAUUGAUCAAUGUACAGAACAGCACCUGCAAUUCCGUUGAGAACAUCAUCGGGGAACAACCCCCGUCGCUGAGACGGGGCCGGAAGAGACGCUGCAAAACAAAGCACUUGGAGCACAAUGGCUCUGUCAAAAGACUUAGGCACACAGCCGGGGAGGUGGGCUUGCCUCCGGAGGAGCGCUUGGUACGGGAGAUGGAGCAGAAGCUCCAGCAAGAGGAGGAGGACAGGAGGCUGGCCCUGCAUCUACAACGGAUUUUCGACAGCGAGAAUAGGACAGUGGAUAGGCGGAAAGUCAGAGUCGAUCGGUAUCUGCUGCGGUCGAAGAGCACUCUAGGUGCUAAGUAGCACUGGUGGACAGUGUUGCCUUUCUAGAGGACAAUGAGGUUUAUCAGAUUAUCCUAUGGGAAAACUAUUUUUUGUCAUACUUCCACCCACAAGGAUUGUUUUUUUCAUUUUGGUGGUAAGACAUUUGUAGGUCCAGUUCAGAGAGAAGCCAGAGUCCUUUCAGAUUAACAAAAAAAAGAGAGAAUGAGAAAAAAAUCCUCCAGUCUUUCUGGUCCAUUGAUUUGAAAGAAGUGUCCGUCGUCCCCGUGAAUACACUGCAAUGCCUCUACAUGCAGUUGGUGACAUUUGGGUUUCCCAGCUAGGAGGGCUGUGUGAGCAGCACAUGGGGUAUGGGAUAAGGACCUCAUCUGUUUCUUGCGUUGCCGCUUGAAUAUGCCAAGAGAAAUCAGAGUUCCACUUGUGGAGAAGAAAGUAGGCUUUUACUGUCCUAGAAACUGUCUUCUCUCUGCCUGCCCCAUUUUCUUCCUUACACCACAGCUGGCUGUGGUGCUGUUACUGAUGUCAGUGUGUUUGAAUUACCUGACUUGAGGGCUGUUGAGGAGGGAGGCUGAUCCAUAUUUCUGCUAGGAAGUACCAAAUAGAUCCACCCAUAAUACUUAAUAAGUGAAUGUAUCUCCCUGUCUGCAGCAGCAGUACAGAUCAUAGGUUGCUUUUUCUUAAGUAGAAAGCAAAAUGCAGUGAAGAAAGUCGUUAAAUAAGGAUUUUACUGAAAAGCCUUACAGGAACUUGUACAUUUGUGUUAACAACAUAGUGGAAAGGUCAAGUAUGGGAGCCAUGCUCUGGGAGCUGUGACCCUGGGAGCAAAUGCAGCUUUUCUCCCAGUCCCUGCCUCUUCAGAGGCAAGAGGGUGUCGUGUUAUCAUAGAAUCACAGAAGGGUUGAGGUUGGAAGGGACCUUUAAAGAUCAUCUGAUCCAACUCCCCUGCGGUGAGCAGGGACCUCUUCAACUGAAUCAGGUUGCUCAGAGCCUACUAACAUUCUACUACUGUUCCUACUAACGUUGAAGUCUGGAAAGGAAAGCACUAACUGGGUGAUUUCAGGAAGGAUGUCUUCCCUGCCAGCAUGUACGCUGCAGGUUCUUGCUCAGUCUGUCAGCAUACCUAACACCUGUCCUUACUUGUCGAAGAGCAGCCCGAGGAGGCAGCCCGAGGUAUCUGAUGCAUCACUAUCCUCUCCCAGGCUCCCAAAGGCUUUGUGGUAGAAUUGGAACUGGAGCCCUGCUCUCCCAGCCCACAGGCACACAGAGACAGAUUCUCAGGGUGAUGCAAGCCUACCCUGCCCCUGCUCCAAGCUAGCUGUCUUCAGGUUCAAACCACUAACAAAUCUCAGGUGAGUGAUGCACUAAAUUCUUCCACUUAAAGGCAUGAAGUCGGGCACGGUAGCCUGGACCAGAGCUAUCUUGGAGCCUGGGCUUGGUAGAGUGUGUGUUGUCUGCUCAGAUGUGGCCUUCAGUGGAAGCCCACCCUCUGAGCUCUUCACAUUUCUAACACUCUUGCCCAUUAUCCAUUAACAGCGUGAUGAUUUUGUUGAUUAUUUGCCAUAAUCGGGCUCAAAAAAAGUCAGCUCAGCCUGAUACUUGAAAGAUGCCUUGCAGAGUAUUCACUGGGGACCUUCAGUGCCCACAGGGACCUUCAUCCAGGGCGGAGGCUGCAGCGAUAACAGUCUUGCUGACCCAUGUGCCAGAUGGUGAGUGGUAUUUUCAGGAUGUAACUGAAGCACGGUGUUGGAGCCAACUUGUCAUGACCCGUGGCGUGAAGGGAGGACGGCCAAUGCAUGUAAACAGAUGGACCUGAUCUAAGAGAACACUGCCUGAUUCCCUCUGUCUAAAAAAUGGUUUAAUUUCUCCCUCCAUCUUAAAUGUUCAAAAAUAAUGGGAACUGGUUUUCUUUUUCUCUCCCAGCAAACUUGCAUAACUGCAAGGACCCUGGCGCUUUUUUCCUAAUCGAACUGGAUUUUUUUUUUUAAAAAAAGAAAUCUUAUAUUUUAAUGGAUAAAAAUUAUAUAUUUUAAAUACUAUAUUUCAACAGAUUGACACUUUCAUUUUGAGAAAUCUUAUAGCAAUGAUUCCUUAAUAUAUAUAUCUAUCGCUGUAUCUCCUUAACACACAAACUACUGGAUGUUUAAAGUCAUACCUAGGGCCGGCUAGACUUGACCUGCUCUGCCUACUGGCUGCGGCUCAUGGAUGGCUUUCCGUGCCCUCUCCUACAACGCAGCCUUUUUAUAUGCUGACAGAAGCAGGCACUUUUGACCCAAACCAAAUCCUGUUCCUGUAGCCAGCUGUGAAUUGGAAGGGAAUUAAGUAAUUAGAGCCUUGACUGGACCUAGAAGAGUGGCACAGAGAGAAGUAGCAAUGGCCUGGAUCUGCCCUUUACAGUGAAAUAAGCUCAGGAGAGAAACGCACAGCUUUUACUCAUAAGUAAUACCAUUUCUCCCAACACGUUGAGCUAAAGCAUGCACUUCUGAGUACAUUUAGACUUAUGAUUAUUUUUACAGGCCCUCUUCUCCCUAUCCUUUCUCCACAGUUUAAUCCCUUGAGCCUGGAUCAAACUUCCCUAAACAGUUUCCUUCUUUCUCGUGGCACUUGUGUGGGUUUCAUCCAGGCUUGGGCUGCCGAGCGCCCUCUGAGCAAGCGUACACCACAAAAAAAUAGAUUUACACGCUGAAUGUAUCCUUUCUUUCCCCUCUUGAAAUAGAUUUCACAGUCCAACACACCAGGCAAGUGUCUUAAAUAUCUCCUUUUUAAAAGAGUACAUAAAUAUUUAGGUUUUUAUGUGUUAAUUUCCUCUUUCUAAAUCCUAGCUGGGCAGAAGAGUGGGAGGCAGUGCCUGAGGCAGAGCUUGUCCCCACCUAAAAAAAAGCUUGAUGGGAUCCCUCACUCAGCUUCCCAAACCUUCACUGGGCAGCUGAUUCCCCCCAAAACAGCUCCUAUCUCAGCAUCACUGCUUAGCUCCCUAAGUGUCACACAGCCCAUUGCAUCCAUGUUGAAGAAGACCUUUGGACAUGUUGUGGAAGGGCUGUGGCCACAGCAGCUUUCAGGAGAGCAUCAGGGUGGGAUCGACCUUUUCUCGUGAGGUGUGACCAGACGUUUUUAGUUUGAUGAAGCUGCUGGCUGCAUUUCUACGUUCACUUCUCCAUGUAAUUGCUUAACGACUGGGGAAAACAUGGGUUGUUUUCCAGCCACCUCGCCUAGACCUUCUCACCUUCUUCCUGAGCUAGUGGGCGCACAACUGCCCUCAGAUGAAAUCCACCCGAAGUGGUGUUGGGUUCAAGACUUGAGGCAAUGUGAAGCUAGGAUGAAUGUUUUAUUUAACACUCUGUAAGUUUGUGUAAGCUUGCACAAAAAAUAAUUGUAUAUAAUUACACUUAAAAGAGCAAGAGUUCCCAGCCUCCACCCUUUAAGGUCAGGUAUGAUGCUACCUUUGCCACAAAUAAUGCCAGCUGAGAAGUAAAAUACCUCUUGCUGAACAGUGAAUGCAGCGCAAGAUCUGCAGAGGCUCUAAGAUGAAACGAAGUAUUUAUUUACACUUAUAUGAAAGUCGUUUCUAGCCCUCCUCCUUUCUGAAGCCACCUUCUCUCAUGGAUAACAGCAGUGCUUGCCAGCGGUGGGAUAUCAUGAGCGUGUGAGCAUCCUCCCAAAAUGUGAAGCUGUCUUCUCUUGUGAGAAAAAAACGGGACAAGAGAUUGCACUGCAGGUGGCGCUGGAGGGGCUGGGGUUGGUUUGAAAACAGAAGGACCAUGUCUGCCAAAGAUGCCACCACCUCCGGAAAAUUGCUUUCUGACCUUCCAGAGCUCUCUGCCUGGGAAAAGCUGUACAGAAAGGUCCAUAUUUGGAGUCAGUGAGAUCAGAUAAAUGAAGGAAAAGUGCCAAAAGAAGGGAUCAUGCCAGAUGAUUGUAUAAUGUUCUAUAUUGUCAGUAUUUUUCUUCAAAUGCUAUUGUACAUGCAGUGCACAGUAAUCAAGAAGUGUCGCUUGAAUAAGCACUUCUUUGUAUUUUCUCAAUGAAAGCAAAAGGGGAGAUUGAAGCCUUAAAGACUAUCACUGGUUUUAAAAAUAAGCCUUUAGUAGUGCUCCAAGGACAGACCCCAGGGCUCCACCUGGACCCUUCAACAGCUCUGUGCCACCUCCCAGUUGCCUGGCAAAAGGUGCACAAGAGCUUGUCCCGUGCGCGGGGAGAAGUGUUUGACAAAAAUCCAACCAUUCUUACCUGUUGGGGGACCUGAGACAAAAACUAACAACUGUUGAGCGCGAUGGUCUUGUGCCCCAGGGAUGGCAGCUGGGUGGAACUGGGACAUCAGGUCCAGGUCUGACCUACAGCGCGGAAGCUGGGAUAAUCCCCACAUGUUUCACGCAUCUGACACAAACCUUUCUCUUCCCCAUGUCUGUAAAACACUGCAAAGCAUCAGUUCUAGAAUUAGCUCUUCACUAUGCAACAGAAAAACCUUCAGCUGAUUAGAUGGGGGGGGGGUUAUGCUGGUUUCCUUGGUGUUUACUGUCAAACUGUUGAAAACAAAUCUAGCUGUUGCUACACUUUUCCGAUAAUGCUUUAAAUCGUUGUGCUUUCGUGUUCUCAACUCGCCACUUGGGGUGGUAAAAGACCUAGCAG